AACGUACAUUAUUGCAAUGAGUUGACUCAUCCUCUAGUUCGGUACUGCUAGAUCUUUGAUUACAGAUCGAUCAUUAGAGCGCAAUGGAAGAAGUGAAGGUUCUGGGAUUUUGGCCUAGCCCCUAUAGCCACAGAGUGAUAUGGGCUCUGAAGCUGAAGGGUGUGAAGUAUGAGUACAUAGAAGAAGACCUCGGCAACAAGAGCCAUAUGCUGCUGCAGUACAACCCUGUUCACAAGAUGACUCCUGUGAUUGUUCAUGGCGGCAGACCUAUAGCCGAGUCCGUCGUCAUCCUUCAAUACAUCGAAGACACCUGGCCUCAUAAUUACCCUCUGCUGCCGAAGGAUGCCCACGAGAGGGCUUUAGCUCGGUUCUGGAUUAAAUUCGGAGACGAUAAGCGUCCCAUUUUCUCAGUAUUUUUCCAAGUUUCAGAAGAGAGAGAUCGGGGGGAUGAAAUGAAAGAAGUGUUGGAGUUUCUGAAAAUCUUGGAAGAGCAAGCUCUUGGGGACAAAAAAUUUUUCGGUGGAGACAAAAUAGGAAUGGUAGACAUAGUGUAUGGAUGGCUUAGUUACUUGUUCAAAUGCUUGGAAGAAAUGAAAGGGGUGAAGCUGCUAGAACCCAACACCUUCCCUCGCUUGCAUGCAUGGGCUGAGAAUUUCAAACAAGUUUCUGUAAUCAAAGACAACCUUCCUGACUACACCAAAGUGUUGCUCUAUUUAAAAUUAGUUAGGGAGAAAAUUACUGCCGAGAACCCUAGCUCCAGGUAAUGUUCCAUAGCUGGCUAGCUGCUUGCUUCACUGGGAAUAACACAGACAAUUAAAGAAUGAUAAGGAUUUUGUGGCACCAACUUUUUGCCCUAUUUAUGUUUGUGGAUAAUUGGUAAUUGAUAAUAGUGACUUCAUAAUUAUGAGAUGUGUGUGU